AGGUUAGUCCCAGGAUCUGCUUCAUCUUGCUGAUAGUCGAGAAUGACUAUUUGAGAUGCACACAUGACAUUAGUCCCGAACCCGAUCCACAUCAACACUACUCAUCGUCUCAUUGUCUCCACAACAACACUACUCAGUGCUUAUCGAAACACUAAUACAUCACUACUUAUCUCGAAGAAAACUAUUUACCUCGCAACAGCACUUCUAGUAACGACGAGGAGCAACAAAAUAGAGGACAAGCACAACCCGACUACAAUGUCAUAAUGGUGGAGCAUCACCCCUCCUCAGGGCAGGAGGGCGAUGCAGUGGUCCGAGAAAACACGGCCAAGGUAGGCAGUGUGGAUUCGACACUCCUACAAUCUUCUACAAAAGACGAUUAUAGUAAGGUGAUCACGUCCAACUCCAAGGAUAACACUUCGUCGAAAGAAAAGACGUCGAAACAUUAAGGCUUUCUUAGCAUUCAAGAAAAGGAAAUGUCUGCACGGAAGAAAUGAGCUCUUUCCUUCUACUGAAGGAGAGGCUGAAGAAACAUGUCUCCAGGGAAGAAAUGAGCUUUUUCCUUCCGAAGGAAUGGAGGUGGACUCGCUUUAUUUUGCGCUUUUUACGUUACGCACUCCUCGUGUGGAGACUUGAGACUGCAAGAAAUGCUAUUUUGACUAAGAGUUUGGUUUUCAUGUGUAAGCUAGAUUUUGCUGUCCUCGUCUUUCUCCGCAAAAACAUGCAUCAGCUUGUAACGUGAGUAUAAGUAGGAACGGUAACACGCUUUAAGAGGCUCUUUCAUAGUGUUUACCUGCUUUAGUAAGGCCGAGUAGUACAACUAGUGGUUACUAUUGAUGUUUGACUUUGGUUUUAUUAUUUCUACGACGACCUAUGCACAUCUCACUAUCUGAAGUCUGUCUUCCACAUCAGAUAUUGUUUGCGUGCGUUACAUUAAGUUGCAUGCAAGCAUGUCCGUCAUCUUGAGACUUUGCCCCGCGAUUAAUCCCUUUUGUCAUACUUACGGUAUGAAAAAUAUCAAUAUCUUC